AUGGGAAAAAAUAGGUUCCAUUCACCAAAGAAAUAGAAUAAAGGCAGAAUAUCUAUUCGAUAUUUCUAAUAAGACUUUGAUACUUUGUAAUAGUUGACGAUAACAAAUACAAAUUUACCUUAAAUGUGUGAUAAUUAAAGAAUGCUAAAGACAAAUACUGAAUUUAAUUAGGAUGAUGAUGGAUUAGAGUAAUUAAGAAUAAUAAUAUAAUUUUAGUACUUAAAUAGGGAACAAGAAUGUUUAGCCAAAGUUUUAAAUAUGA